AUGGCCUCCUUAAUCGAGUUCUAUCUCACCACUCUCUGGAAAUACAAGCCCACAGCCAUUGAGCGAGUGAUUCAGAGUCUGCCAGUGGCAGACCUGGCCAAUGUCGAGAUCCUUUAUGACUAUGACUAUCACUGGUUCAAGGUCAUAUGCUUCGCCCACCAGGCACAGAAGGUUCGUCAAGUCUUUGACCGCAUUGUUAGAGAAAUCGAAGACGAGGCCUUUGGCGACGAUGGUGGCAACAUUCUUGAUGACAAUGACCAAAUCAAGACACACUUCAACAACGAGUGGAUUAGCGACGAACCCGAGCAAGCUUCGGGGGCUGUUGGCAAGACUAUCGGGCCUUACAGCCUCCCCAAACGGUUUUCCAAAUAUCCAUACAAGGCAAUCUGGGACGACCUGGAACAGCAGCGAGAAUCGCUCACCUUGGGAAAUAUCGUGAGCUCUGAGCAGCUCGUCACCAUUGGAAAGCUGAGCGGAGCUGAAAUAUCAUACAACCUCACUGGGACAAUGGUGUACAUUGGCGGCAAUGAUCAGGAGUCGAUCUCCAAGGUCCAAGGAAAGCUCCGUGUCUUGCUCGCAUUCAAAAAACUGUUAGCCUGUCCAGUUCGGAUCCAGCAUGUGAUCUACCCUGAGGACCAUAUCGAGAAACAGGCAGACAACCUGAAGGCCGAGACUCGAUACCUUGCAAACAUUGAUCCGGUGUUGGCCUCUUCAACGCUCUUCGACAGGGCUAUGGUGAAGAAUAAUGACCUGGAGAGCGCCUACAAAAUGAUGUACUCAGAAGGCGUCUCUAUUCGUCUUUGCAUCUGGGACCCCGAAAAGAAAUUCUGGGUUUCCCUGCUUGGUCCAAGGGUCCCUGGCCGGUCAGGAAGAAAGUACAGCUUGGGAGACAGGCCUGUCAUAUCGACCAAACUCGUCCAUGAGCUGCCCUUCUUGGCAGAGGCGUUCGUUCGACGAGAUGAAAUCGACCCGAACGCUCGGGUCGAGGCGUGGAUGAACGACGUCACCAACCAGAUUGAAUCUAACUCAGAGAUGCUGACCGAGCCAAAGAAUGCUGCCCCUUCUACAACUGCGGAAAAGAGCCUCAUUGACCGUCUCGACCCGGCACCUCAGGAUCUGUCCAUGAGGGGGAUACAUGAAGAGAAGCCUGCUACAUCAAAUGGCGCAGGAAGCUCCACCAAAGUUCCAGUAAUCACUUGGAGCAUGCCGCCACUCAUCCCAGAGACUUCCGAUGAAACCAGUUCGAACCAUAGCUCUCUCUUUAUGAGAUACUUGCAAGCUGGUGUCAAGGACUUUGAACCUUCAGCCCAGGAGAGAGCGCGAGACCAGACAAUAGCCUCCCCGCAGCAAACAGCACCUCGACAGCAGGGAGUACCCGCGCAGAUUCCAGAAGCUGCAGCGUCCACCUCCCAGGUUGAACAUGGCGUUUCUUCUCAACUUCCUGCUACAGACACAUUCAUCCAGGAGAUUGAGACCGCGAUGGUCGAAAUGCUUGCUACGGGUCCUUACCGGCGAGGGAAGAUUGAACUGAGGGCAGAGUUUGGCCGUGUCCUCCUUGGAGGGUUGGAUCGUACCGCCCUAGCGUUUAACAAUAUUGACGAACCAAGCAAUGGAUGGGACAAGCUUGAGCUGCUAAAUCAGCUUGGGAUAUAUUUUGGCGAGCCCAAGGACAUGAUCCACUGUACGCGGAUUCUGACCACCCAUGGCGGCGACAUGGAGGACAUGAUCAAGGUCAGGACCGGCCCGUCCCGGUUGUGGCAAGAGGAACCGAGCCACGCCUGGACCGUUUACUCUAUUCAGUGCGCCCUCGAAUUUCCGGGAAAGUUGCAAACUGAGUUCGUUGUUGACCUCCGGGAUGAUCCGAAUUCCGAGAACCCAUUUUCCUACUCCGUUCGGUCUUUGCCUGGAAAAUCUGGACCACUGCCUAUCUUCGUUCACGCCAUUCGGCGUAACUGGGACCUGGAAAUCAGAUUGUCUCAUGUCAACCGCGAAGGCAAAGGGAGAGCUGUGGAUUUUAUCGCGAAGAAGUUACUGCAGUCGCUCAGCGUUUCACACAGCGCUGUUGGAGGACCCGAGCUCCGAUUUGCAGUACCAAAGGGUCGUGGCGUUGGGAUCGUCGAGGCUCGGGUGCUGACCAAGUGGCGAUACCCCAGCCUGAACAACAAGAGCAUUCUGGAGAUUACCGAGGUUCAGCAGAUGGAGCUAGGUCCUUGUACCGAUCUACCGGUUGCCACACCGAACGACGAGUGGGAUAUCAUAUGUGCUAAGCCCUGGACUCAGCCAACGUCUCAGCGUAUGCGCACAAUGGGUGCGGUUCCACGUUGGUACGACGCCGCCGUGGUGUCUUCUGAGGCCGAGGCCUUGUUCCGCGAGAACGAGAUCAUGGAGCUGGGCGAAAAAGCCAAGUGGACCCCAGACGAACUCAAGGCGCGCGGCAUCCUGGCCACCGUCUACGGCCCGGCGUUGUGCAUGCUGAGGGAGAUGGAUCACAUUGGGAGGAGUGACAGCAACGGCCUAUCGAAUACAUUCGGCAAACUCCUCAAGAAGGGAAAUAAUUCUUCCCGCACCAUUCCUGGGCUGAUGCCAAACACCGCUCCUCGUACCGUGCCGGGGAUGACCUCCCCCUCGCCUAGUCGUGGCAGAAGUAGACGGAGGAAAGGCGACUCGGGAGCACCCAAGCCUCAGAGCGAGUCUUCUUGA